AUGUCUGUAAAAAGUACAAAAGGAGGACCAGAUAUUCGACCCUCCACAUCGACCAGCACGUCACCACGAGGGAGGGGCACAGCAGCUGGCAGGUCACCCACCGCUGGGAGAUUCAAAAACAAGGCCCUUCAGCUCAGCCUCUCCAAAAAAUUCUGGACAAAGUCUCCAUCCUCGUCUCAGGAGAAAAAUGCAGAAGGGCAAAAACAACGGCGUGGUAAGAGAAGCCUCAGUAACAGCUCCGUGGUGGCAGCUGCCUACGUCGCCUUCCUCAAUAAACUCUUUGGCCAGGAGAGAGAGCUCAUGCCAGAAGAGCUGGAUGAGCUGCAGGAAGCUUUUAAGGAGUUUGACUAUGACGCAGAUGGCUACAUACACUACAAGGACAUAGCAGACUGCAUGAGGACGAUGGGCUACAUGCCAACAGAGAUGGAGCUCAUUGAGAUCAUCCAACAAAUCAAGAUGAGAUGGGGGGGCCAUGUUGACUUUGAUGACUUCUGCGAGUUAAUGGGACCGAGGAUGGUGGCAGAGACCGCUCACAUGGUCGGACUGAAAGAACUCCGCUGCGCCUUCAAACAAUUUGACUGUAAUGGGGAUGGAAAGAUCACAUCAGACGAGUUAAAGGAGGCCAUGAAGAACCUGCUCGGGGAGAAGCUGAAGAAGGGCGAGCUGGAGGAGAUCCUCGGUGACAUUGACCUUAAUAAAGAUGGCAGCAUUGACUUUGAUGAGUUUGUUAUGAUGCUCUCAGCGCGGUGA